CGACACGCGCAAUGGCUGCCGUCCACACUGGCGCACCGGCACUCGCCGCCCCUGCACACGCACACGCCGCACCGCACCACGACCACCAACCACCCGCCGCCGCCUCCACCUGGUCAUCGUCGUCGGGGGCCGAGCACCCUGCCGAGAACGAGAUCGCGCGCUCGUCGUCGCACUCGUCGCACUCGGGCGAGACCUUGACCGACCGCGACGCUGUCGACCUCGAGAAGGCGGGCCACAAGGGCGGCAAGGAGGGCGGCAACGGUGACGACGGUGCCGAGUCGAAGGGUCCGGCGCCGCCCAAGCAGGAGGACGACCCGUUCCUCGUCACCAUCAAGGGCCGCGAGUCGUUGAACCCGCACACCUGGAGCGUCGCCUACCGUUGGGCCAUCACUGGCCUCGCCGGCCUGCUCGUCCUCAAUGCCACCUUUGCCUCGUCCGCCCCGUCCAACCUCAUCGCGUCCAUCAUCACCCACUUUGACGUCUCGCAGGAGGUCGGCAUCCUCUUGAUCUCGAUCUUUGUCGCCGGCUACUGCCUCGGUCCGCUCCUGUGGGGCCCGCUGUCGGAGCGCUACGGCCGUCGCCUCGUCUUCCUCCUCGUCUGGAUCCCGUACAUCUGCUUCCAGGUCGGCUGCGCGCUCGCCCCCAACAUCGGGUCCCUCAUCGUCUUCCGCUUCCUCGGCGGGUGCUUUGCGGCCGCGCCGCUCACGGUGUCUGGCGGCGUCAUCGCCGACCUGUGGGACGCCGACCGUCGCGGUGACGCUCUCGCCGUGUUUGCGCUCAUGCCGUUCGCCGGCCCGGCCCUCGCGCCCAUCAUCUCGGGCGCCAUGGAGGUCCGCGGCGUCGACUGGUACUGGAUCUUCUGGACCCUCACCCUGUUCGCCGGCGCGUGCGGCCUCCUCAUCGUGUUCUUCCUUCCCGAGACCUACGUACCCUACAUCCUCGCUACCGAGGCCAAGCGCCUGCGCAAUGAGACGGGCGACGACCGGUGGCACGCCGCCCUCGAGAAGAAGAACAACGACGGCAUCACGGGCACGCUCAAGCGCACCGUCCUCAAGCCGUUCAUCAUGAUCGUCGAGGAGCCCAUGCUCGCCGUCAUCACGCUCUACAUGAGUCUCGUGUACGGCGUCGUGUACCUCCUGUUCGAGGCGAUCCCGAUCGUGUUCGAGGGCAGGCACGGCCUCAACCCGCUCGAGUCGGGCCUCGUCUUCCUCGCCCUCCUCACCGGCGGGUCCCUCGGCGUCCUCGGCUACGUCACCUACUUCAACCGCCAGUACAUGAAGAUCCACCACGCCAUCAAGCCGCACAUGGUCCCGCCCGAGGAGCGCCUCAAGCCCCUCAUGUACGCCGCCCCGGCCCUCGCCAUCAGCUUCUUCUGGUUUGGCUGGACGGGAGCCUACUCGCACAUCAGCAUCUGGAGCCCGAUCCUCGCCGUCGUCCUCCUCGGCGCCUGCGUCCUCUACGUCUUCCUCACCGGCUUCAACUACAUCAUCGACUGCUACCUCUGGGGCGCCGCGAGUGCUCUCUCGAUCAACACGGUCGUACGUAGUGCGUUCGGAGCAGGAUUCCCGCUGUUCACGACGCAGAUGUACGCCCGCCUCGGCAUCCAGGGCGCCUCUUCGCUCCUCGGCGGCCUCGCUAUCGUCUUCAUCCCUAUCCCGUUCGUCCUCAUCAAGUACGGCAAGAAGAUUCGCGGCAUGAGCAAGAACGCCGUCGUCCUCGACUAGGCGCCUCGCUCUUCCCUCUCCUCCCGUCUCAUCCCCUCUCCUCCCUCUCGCUCCUCUCUCGCCGGUGCUGCCGCCCUGUUGUCCAUAUGACCUCGUCCAUCCUCUCGAUACCCAGUUAGACCUCCUCCCCUCGGACGGCUCGCCGGCCUCUUCCCUCCCGCCCUCGUCGAGCCUCCCACCUUAGAUCGCGCAGAGUCAGCGUCGCUGCUCUCGCACAUUCCAUGUGUCUACUUCGUUCUUGCCGCACCCCCUCGCACGCAUGCUCCGUCGUCGUCGGACGGAGCCACGCUUAAUCCGCCGUCUCGCACUGCAACCUCGUCUGUUCCACAUC